AUGUCUAUAUUGAUGGAGAGAAUUGAUUGUUUACAAUGGGGUCUCUUGUGCGAUGUUCUACUGACAUACACUCUUGCCCAGUCACGUGAAGCUAUCCUUACAGGCAACCCCCCACCAAGACCAAGAGGAGAAGAAUACAACCCACUCACUCUCACGCCCGUUUCCAUCGACUUUGUCCUUUUGCUUCGCUUCGCUCUACAUCGUGAGACUGUCGAUUUUCUCUCCUACACUUCAAUCCACUCUCUAACUCAGAGCUCCCCGCCAGCCCAUCCACCCCUCAUCCUAAACAUCCCGUCUCCUGACGUAGACCGCAAUCAUGUCUCAAUCCGGGACUGCAUAACUGCCUUCAACGACCUGAAGCUUAGCAAGAAGUACAAGUACAUCGUCUACAAGCUCUCCGACGACUACAAGGAGAUCGUUGUCGAGCACGCCUCCGACAACAGUGACUGGGAGGACUUCCGUGAGAAGCUCGUCAACGCUACCUCCAAGAGCCGAACUGGCGCUGUUGGCAAGGGUCCCCGUUACGCCGUCUACGACUUCGAGUACAGCCUGGCCUCCGGCGAUGGUAUCCGAAACAAGAUCACCUUCAUCGCCUGGUCUCCCGAUGAUGCCGGUAUCCAGCCCAAGAUGAUCUACGCUUCCUCCAAGGAGGCUCUUAAGCGAUCGCUCACUGGCAUUGCCACCGAGCUCCAGGCCAACGACACUGAUGACAUCGAAUACGACUCCAUCCUCAAGACCGUCAGCAAGGGUCUUGCUGGUUAA